UUAAUUUGGUUAAUCCACAGUUCAAUCCCGGGGUAUGAAGAUCUUCAAAAUAAUCGCACUAUCAAUAGUAAUUCCAGCGGUGACGUGUUCAAUCUGCAUUUCAUCCCUCUCCUGCAUGUUUGAAAGGAGAAGAGAUCGCGAUUCCGCCACGUCAGCAGCAGUGGCGCCGCAAUCUCCUGCUGCGGGUGCACCGGAAGGCCUCGACGAAUCCACCAUUCAAUCCUACAAGAAACUAGUCCUCGGCGAUAGCAGACGCCUCCCUGGCCCAAACGGCGCCACGUGUCCCAUCUGCCUUGUUGACUACCACCCUAGAGACACGCUACGCUGCAUACCUCUGUGCGACCACUGCUUCCAUUCUGAUUGCGUUGAUGAGUGGCUGAGAUUGAACGGCACCUGCCCCGUCUGCAGGAAUUCCCCUGCACCUACUCCACCUGAAUAAUACC